GCCCUCAGUCGCGGCUGGCGCGAGCACCGGGCGGCUGACUUGGCGGCGGCUGCUGACGGGGCGGCGUUUGAACGCGCUUUGUGGCCCGAGAGUGGCCUUUUUCGUGGGCCACGCCUGACCGGCAGAACCGAGCGGGCUGUUUGGAGCGCGUCCUCGCUGCGACUCCCGGGCGUUGCUCCGUCCUCGCGGCUCGGCGGUUCCCUUGACUCGCUCCGUGUGCUUCUCGUCAUGGCGAUCACCAACGAAACCGGGCUCUCCCCUCAGGCUCCGCCUCAGGGCCAGGCCCCGUCCUCCUGGUACCAGAGUCCCCAGCAGGUCUGUGAAAGCUCUGAGCAGAAUAGGAAAUCUGCAGCAGCUCAUGCAAUGGGAAAUGGGCAGCUGAAAACAGAAGUCACUUUCUAUAAAAAUAUUGAAAAUCCAACAUCAAGCAAGAAGACAGAUGAGAUGACAGACUUCAUGGAUGACUUGACACUCAGUUCACCAAAAGAGAAGUCUCGUUCAAGCUCAAGGAGCAGUUAUAGCAGGAAAUCUUCCUCAAGAUCAUCUAGUAGGUCAUCUUACAGUUCACAGUCUAGCUCAAGCACUUCAUCCUCAAGAAGCUGGAGCAGGUCUAGGAGCAGAUCCAGCUCACGUGCUAAAAGGAAUUGUUCCCGGAGGAACAGAAGAUAUUCAAGAUCUUAUUCCAGGAGUCGAUCAAGAUCACGCAGCUACAGAUACCGAGAAAGGUACCAUCCUCGAUACUAUCGGAGAUACCGUCGCUCUCCUCCAAGAUACAGGUCACGGAGUCGGUCUCCUAGAAGAUCAUACUAUAGAAGGUCUUAUUCCAGAAGCAGGUCAAGAAGCCGAAAAUACUAUGGAUUUGGAAGGACCAUAUAUCCUGAGGCUUAUAGAAGCUGGAGAAGCCGCUCUAGAUCAAGAUCUCGCAGUAGAACUCCUCUGCGCUUGACUGAAAAAGAAAAAAGGGAACUACUGGAAAUAGCAAAGGCUAAUGCAGCAAAAACCUUUGGACCAGACAUUUCCUUGCCAGCCAGCUUGAGAAUGAAUCCAAAAUCCAAUGAAAAUGUAAAACCAAAAGAUGACAGCAUAGGGUCUAAGAUGUUGAAAGAAAGUCAGAAGAAGCAGCUUGCAUCACUUGCAGAUAAGUUAUUGAUCUUUUUUCAAAUCUCUGCAGUUUUGAUAUGCAGGAGGUAAUGAGGUCACAAUUUGAAUGAAGGCUAUACUUUAUCAAGUCAUCUUUUCAUUAUCUGGUGAUAACCAAAAAUUUGGAGAUGGAUAUGAGGGCUGUACACAAUAUAUAUACUAAAAAUAGCAAACAUGAAUUCUAGCAAAAGUUGUGCAGUAACAUGUCUGCACCUGGGAUUUUUUUCCAGAUAAGCAGGUUCAGGACUGCUUCUGCAGUAGCCAUUUUAAGCUUAGAGGCUAGACCAAAACCUGUACUCUGCUCAGCCAUCUAGGUGGCACUGUUUAAAAUACAAUCCUUCCCUCUUUAGCAAUUAAGAAAACAAGCUGAAGAAGGCAAGAUGGAACUGUGCUGCUGCAGUGAAGGACAUAGCAUUCAGUACUAAUGUGAUUCCUACCUCUGAGAUCAAGAAACUGAAUACAGAUAUUUCUCGAGCCUACUUUGCAAAACUAUACAAGUACAUUCAAGAGGCAUUUCCACAAAGUUUGAUGAGACAAAUAUACAUGCAUGGAAUUGCAACCUUCAUGUUGGAACUAAAAGUAUAUUCAAAUAAUAUUUUCUGGACACCACAUACCAACUAAUGUACAUGGUUAUUGUAAUUUUUGAACCUUGCAGAACUUAUUUCUGAUCUGUGAAAACAGAUUUUCACCUAGUGAUUUUCUACAGCUUGUAUUAACCAUACAAACUGUUCUGAGGACUGAUGCUUUGAUUUUGUUAGAAACAUUGGAGGCAGGGUAGUCUGGGUAGCACUUCUUAAAAUCCAGUGCUUUUAGUUGUUUAUAAAAUGAAGUUCUAAAUUGCAAAUAAGCGCUGUUCUUUGGAAACAUGCACAGGUAUUCAUCCUUGUGUGUUUCUUUUGAGGCUUUUUUUAAAGUAGCAAUGUCCUCACAGUUAACUUUUUUUUCUUUCAGAAUCCAAUGAGCCUAGCUGCUCUGAAAGCCUGUCAGCUUUCUCAAUAAUGCAGCUGCAGUGUCCCAAGGAAAAGACAAGAGAUCCCAUCUGGGCAAUGGAUUCCUGUUAAGAAUGAGGAAAAUGGCUCAUUCCAUGAUGUUUCACCUAAAAGUGCAUCUUUUAUAAGACACUAGUUCUGUUUAUUGAGCUGUGGAGGCACAUUCAUUUCAGGGUUUAAAUGCAGAAUACUUAAUUUGUGUUAAUUUGAUACUAGUUUUUCCAGAUAUAAAAUGAAAGUACAGAGGCCCAGAAAUGACAGUAGGAAAUUCUAUGCUUCUGUAAAUACCUUUAAUGUGACUACUGGAUUAAAUUACAGGUGGGUAACUUUUCUAUGUGUAAGUCAUCAGUUUCCAUGUUCUAAUGUGUGUGAUUUAUUAUAAAUCUGUGUUUUGUAUGUUUUCAGUACUUGAGUCAGCACUUUAAACAGUGUGAUUUGUGGCUCUUGCUGGGUGUUCAGUUGGCUUCUGUAGUUGCCCCAUAUUUCAUUUUAACCUGAACACAGCCUUAUUUUACAAAAGGCAAGAAAGGGAAAAAUGCCACUUCAAGUGGUAAAUUCCUAACCCUUGACUACUGUUUUGCUAUGGAAUCUAUGUAGUUGUUCUUUGUACUUCUAGUUAAAAAGUUUCUAGUAUUCAGAGAAUCUGAGCUUGUGCAUGUUCGAAGUACCACUGUCACUAGGUAAGACCUUGGUUCUAGAUUUUGAAGCAAUCUUUUUCCUUAGCUGUUUGCCUGAAGGGCUUAUAAUGUAACGAUGACUCCCAAGAGUAAAAUUUAAGCAGGUUAUAUUUCAAACAGACAGGGCUGCCUAGGACAAAGUUGGUUGUGUUGGGAAUCCACAAGUUAUGCAAGUUUAUUACUGCAUUUUAACAUGGUGGGUUUAUCAGUAGGAUGGACUGCACUAACUGGUUCAGAAGCUAGAGUUAAGUAACGCUAAGUAAUGCUUUGUAAGUCGCACCUUCCCUUCAGCCAAAAACUGGAGCUAUGUAUAAACUGAAUUUUUUUAAAUAAAAGUACUCUAAAUAUUA